AUGCUUGAAGACCAUCUCAUCCAUGAAUGCCUUUUGAUCGUGUUAAAGCCAUUGAUGAAAGCUGCUGAAGUCAGGAUUAUGAUGUCUGAUCUGGUAGGAAAUGUCUGUCAUUGCUUUACCCCUCUCACAGCAUACAUUGUUGAUACCCCAGAGGUGGCCAUGCUUGCAUGUGUGCGCGGAAGGACCUCUCCUUUCACCAUGGCCUUGUAUUUGCAGUUUGGGGAUAAUUUCUGGCACCCUGAUUGUACGUGCACCAUCACUCUUGGACAGCUUGCUAGAAUCAAGGUCAAUCCUGACUACCUGGAGACUUAUUUUGAGGCUUGUGCUGACUUGCGGCUGAAUGGCAUGUAUGCACUGUUCUGGAUGGAUUGGCUGCUCGCCAAUCCCUCUAUCUUUCUGAAGCCAGAAUUAUUGCACCAUUGGCACAAAGAAUUUUAUGAUCACAAUCUUCAGUGGUGUAUUGUGGUUGUUGGAGCUCAGGAACUGGAUUUUUGGUUCUUGAUAUUACAGCCGACUACUGGCUAUCGCCACUUUUCUGGCAGAAUAUCAAAACUGAAGCAAGUUACAGGUAGGGGUCACCGUGAUAUUCAGUGCUAUAUUGUUGGCCUAAUAUCCAGUGCAGCCCCUCGUUGUUUUGUCAUCAUGAUACAUGCGCUCAUGGAUCUUCAUUACCUAGUGCAGCGUCCUGCACCUGGCAACAAUCUCUUAGUGUGUAUUGACCAAUCUUUGUCAACCUUUCACGAACACAAAAAUGUUAUCUUGACUUUAGGCACAUGGAUGGGCGCAAAGAGGCCUAUUGAAAAUUGGCAUAUUCCUAAGCUCAAGCUCCUACAGAGUGUCACUUCCAGCAUGUGGAAAGUUGGCGCCCUCAUACAGUGGUCUGCAGACACUACUGAACACGCACACAUUUCUGAAAUAAAGGAACCUACAUGGCAAAUGAAUAACAAUGAUUACUGA